CCUAUUUCCUUUCAUUAAUUCCUCCCCCCCACAGUUUACUUUCCACUAAAAAGAUAGAACAGAAACCCCCCACAUUUUCCAAAGAUCCUUCCUCCUCCUUUCCUUCACUUUGCUCAUCUCUUUCCCCCAAAUCCCACAAAACAAUCUCUCCCCUCUCCUUCCCUUCUAUAUAACCAAAAAGCACCAAAAAACACCCACCUACUCAUCAAACUGCACUUACAAUCCCCAUGUACAACAAACACUACUUUCCCACACCCAAAGCAGAAAAAGAACAAAACUUUCCUCAUCUUUUGCCAUUUCCAAUCACUACCCAUUUCUCCAAACACACUGCUCUCUAAUGGGUACUUCCUAUUUCAACCAAACACAGGCUGGGAAGAAGCAGCAGGAGGCCAUCAUCAAAGAGCUUCUCCAGGGUCAACAGUUCACUUCCCAGCUCCAACUUCUCUUCAUCAACAAUCAAUAUCCCACCGUGAAUGAACUCCUCCGCAAGAUCUCCACAUCUUUCGCCGAUGCCAUCUCUGCUCUCAGCAGUACCACUGUUAAUGGGAUUGAUGAGAAUCUCCAAUCUGUCUCUCACGGGGAGCAGCAGUCGUCUGCCGGAUCCGGCCCCUUCGAGGAGGAUUCCGGCGAGAGCCGGAAGAGGCCGCCGCCGCCGGCGGGGAAGAGUGGCGCCGCCGGGAGGGACAACAGGGGAACGUACAAAAGAAGGAAGAGUUGCAAUUCCCGCAUAAUAGUCUCAUCAUUAACACAAGACGGCCAUGCUUGGAGGAAGUAUGGACAAAAGGAGAUCCUCCAUGCCAAAUUCCCUAGGAGCUACUACAGAUGCACUCACAAGUUCGAUCAAGGUUGCAAGGCGACGAAGCAAGUUCAGCAGCUUGAACAGGAGAAGGAGAUGUACUCCAUAACUUACCUCGGCCACCACACUUGUAGAAAUAACAAUGCUCUGACGUCGGCAGCAGCUCUUCCACCGGCGGCGGCGACGGCGGUGGAGGCAGAGUCGAUUGAGAACGAGCCGUCUGCAACGGUGAGUGUGAAGCAAGAGGUUUCCAAUAACGACGAGAGCCCAAGUGGAGUGACGGUUUAUCAUAAUGAUGAGAUGAUGGUGGAGAAUGAUGGGAAUGUGAACAUGUGGCAGGAUUUUGUGUCGUUUGAUCUGGAAGCAGAGGAGGCUGUUAGUAACUAUGGGUAUGAUUAUGGUAAUUACGAUUAUCGUGGUCUUGAUGGCUCCUCGAUUAUGAAUACGGAUUUUUCAGUUGAAGAUAUUAAUUUCGACGAUGGAUUUCGGUUUGAUUCCGAACGGUUCAUUUAGAUUUUUGUACCAGUGAUGUGUAAUUAGUAUAAAUUAAAAUUAGUUUUUGUAAAAGUAGCUAGCUAGGAUGAAUGAAUGUCCCUUUUCAGUUACGUACCACUCAAGUUUCUGGAAUUUGUGUGAUGUUGCAUAUACAUAUGUAUUUUUGUACUAUGAACUAUACCCAUUUCAAUGUGACAAUUAUAUGUGGAGAGUAUUAAAUUGAGUAAGAAGAC